AUGGCCGCCGCGCUGGGCCGGCUGCUCCGCGCCGCGGUGCCCGUGGCUGCCGCCGCCGGGAGGAGAGGGACGGCACGGCCCCCGGCCUGCGCCCGCCGGCCCUUCAGCCUCGGCUCCUGGCGGUUCGCCGCGGCCGUGACCCAGCACGCCCCGGCCUUCAAGGGCACGGCCGUCGUUAACGGAGAGUUCAAGGAGCUGAGCCUGGAUGAUUUCAAGGGGAAAUACCUGGUUCUCUUCUUCUACCCCCUGGACUUCACCUUUGUCUGCCCCACGGAAAUUGUGGCUUUCAGCAACAAAGCAAAAGAAUUUCGUGAUGUGAACUGUGAAGUGGUGGCAGUUUCGGUGGACUCACAUUUUACUCAUCUGGCCUGGAUAAACACACCACGAAAGAGCGGCGGUCUGGGCAAAAUGAAUAUUCCAGUUCUGUCAGACCUCACGAAACAGAUCUCCCGUGAUUAUGGGGUGCUGCUAGAUGGACCUGGCAUAGCACUGAGAGGUCUGUUCAUCAUUGACCCGAACGGGGUCAUCAAGCACCUGAGCGUCAACGACCUGCCCGUGGGGCGCAGCGUGGACGAGACGCUGCGCCUGGUCAAGGCCUUCCAGUUCGUGGAGACACACGGAGAGGUGUGCCCGGCCAAUUGGACUCCAAACUCCCCAACGAUCAAACCAAGCCCAGAAGGUUCCAAAGAAUAUUUUGAAAAAGUGAAUAAAUAAACAAUCAAAUAUAUUUGAGUGAAUGUCACCACUGAAGACAUUAGGAAAACAGCCGUAAUUGUAAAAAUUAAUAAUAAAAGCUCUCAUUUUCUCAUGUUUAAGAAAUUAAAUGCUGAAAUAGUUACUGAUUCCCUUGUCUUUCUUUAAAAAGGGUAAAACUAAGGCUUUACCUCUGCCUUCUGCAACUUCAGUUUCAUGAAUUUCUGUGGCCGUUAAUCAUCUUCCUGAAUGUGAUGAGUGCACAAGUUAGUUUCCUUCCACUGGCUUUUCCCUUUAACUAGUUUUGGACCAGAAGAAUGUGCUGCAUUUUGUUUUCUCACAGAACGUAAAAGUCUGUCAAAAAAGAAAUUUGAAACAAGGAUAGAAUUUUGAUACAUGGCUUCUUUUUAAUGAAUUUUGCAGAGGAAGACAUGAAUGUAACAAGUAUCAAUAAUUUAAAACUCGUGUGUAAAUGCACUAAAACAUGGAAUGAAUGUAAAUAUGUGCCAUUAAAAAAAAGAAGUGCAGCUACUCAGGAGCACUAACAAGCAUGAAUUUUAAUUUUGUUUGGGAGAUGGUAAAACCUUGAACCUUCACAGUGCACUUUUUGGAGCUUAAUGACAAGUUUUCCUUCACUUGAAUUUGGUUGGCUCUUGUACUGCUUGAAGCUGAUGUAGCAUCUCUCUAGCUGUAAUAAAAUAAUCUGAACGUGGCCUAGCA